AUGUAUCGCUUGAUUUCCUGUGCUACUGCUUUGUUUUGUUUUCUUCAGUUUCUCAGUGCGGCGAAUAUUGAAACAGACAGAUUAGCACUGCUUGAAGGCAAAGAUAAGAUAACCGAUGAUCCUUUCAGCGUGAUGAACUCAUGGAAUGACAGCCUCCAUUUUUGUGGGUGGCAUGGAGUUACAUGUGGUUAUCAGAACAAGAGAGUGGUGGAAUUGGACCUGCACUCUUUGAAGCUCAGAGGCUCACUCUCUCCUUAUGUAGGAAAUCUAAGUUUCCUCAAAGUGUUGAACCUUCAGAAUAACAGUUUUGGCGGCACAAUUCCUCCUGAGGUUGGUCGUUUACACAACUUGCAGUCUCUCUUGCUCACUAAUAAUUCCAUUGCAGGGGAAAUUCCUUCCAAUAUAUCGCGUUGUUCUAGCCUUUUUGAGCUGGGAGCUAGCCGCAACAAGUUGGUGGGAAGGAUCCCUCCCGGGUUUGGUUUCUUGUUACAUCUACUUUGCCUUGACUUAUCCACAAACAACUUGACAGGUACCAUUCCUUCCUCUCUAGGAAACUUAUCAUCUCUUAGUAUGCUCCAUCUGGGUGGAAACAACUUGGUUGAGAAGAUCCCAGACGACCUAGGAAAUUUGAAAAAUCUCACCAUUUUAGCAUUAGGUUCCAACAUGCUGUCUGGAAUAGUCCCUUUGUCGAUUUUUAACCUUUCAUUCCUGGCAAAAUUAGAUUUAGGUAGUAAUGACUUAGAGGGACACCUUCCUUCGGAUUUAGGCAACACUCUUCCUUAUCUCCAGUUCUUAUCCAUAGCUGGGAACCAAUUCACUGGACUCAUCCCUGCUUCAAUCUCUAAUUCUUCUAAUAUCGGAGUUCUCCAAAUGUCCGAGAACUAUCUUCAAGGACCAGUUCCUUCUUUACAAAAGUUACAUUGGCUUACUGACCUUGUCAUAGGUGAUAACUCCCUAGGCAGUGGCGAAGCUACUGAUUUAGACUUUGUUUCUUCCUUGGCCAAUGCCACCAUGUUACAAUGGUUGGAUAUUGGUCCAAAUAAUUUCAAAGGAAUACUACCAAAAAUCAUUUGUAAUUUCUCAACGCUUACAUUUUUGAAAUUUGAGAGCAACAGGAUAGCUGGGAAAAUUCCAACAUGCAUAGAAAGUCUUGUAGAGUUGCAGAUAUUUAACGGUUGGGGGAGCCAACUUUCCGGGGUCAUUCCACAGGGUAUCGGAAAACUUCAAAAUCUGAAUGAACUAGACUUGAGUAUCAACCAAUUAUCUGGGGAUAUACCCUCCUCAAUUGGAAACUUAACCAAGAUAACUGUUCUUCAACUGUCUCAAAACAAUCUUCAGGGACACAUACCCUUAUCUCUAGGAAAUUGCAGAAAUCUUCUAGGAUUAGCUCUUUCACAAAAUAAUCUUAGUGGCAGGAUACCCUCAUCAAUUCUUAGUCUCUCCACCUUAUCUAUUGCGCUUGAUCUAUCUAUCUACGUGGUUGCAUUGCAUUAG